AUGCCUAAAAAGGCUGACAAGUCUGGUGCUUCUCAUCCUGGCUACGAGGAGCGGCUGCGGCAUGCCGCGGACCUGCCGGAGGUGCUGGGCAUCCUCGAGGAGGCCCAGCAGAGCGAGCAGUCCCGCACGUUCUUCUUCCAGGCGCUCAGCGUGCUAGCGCAGAAGGCGGCGGAGGCGAACGAUGCGAAGAGCAAGCGCGCGGCGGUGCAGCAGGGCGAGUGGCUCCUGGAGUCCUGCUCGAAGCUGGACGGCGGCAAGCCCCAGGAGAGCGCGGUGACCUCCAUGGUCCGAGUCUGCUGCGCCUGCGGCGCCCAAGAGCGCGCCCUGCGGCUGGUGGCCGAGGUGCAGGCGAAAGGCGUGAAGCCUCGCCUGCGCACCUUGUCCGCGGUGCUGCUGCAGGCCUCGGAGGCGGGGGACCGGACGAUCUGCGAGAAGCUCUGGGCGCAGCUGCCGUCGCUGCAGCUGGAGCCGCAGGACCUCGAGUUUGCCAUUAUGUUGCGGACCUUCCGGGGGGAACCCCAGCGUCAGUACGUUUUGUUGCGGCAGCUCAUCGAGGAGCUGCCAAUGCCCUCGGACCCCCCGCUGAUCGAGGAGAUCGGCCGGGUCUUCGGCGUGGAAGGCGCCGCAGCGCUGCGGUGCCUGGAUCCCCCCAAGGCCCUGGGCCGAGCGGAGGACGGCCGCCGCUGGCAGGUGGGCUGGACGUCUUUGAGCCCAGAGGGCUUGUGCGCCCUCAGCGGCCAUUCCCUGCAAGCCCUGGACGUCACCCCGGAGGACGAAUCGGAUGCGGCUCCCGGCCCAUCCGGUGACCAUCCUGCAAAGCCAGCGUGGAGUUUCCUCAUGUCCGUAAGGUGGUUUGGCUUGCAAAGCUUCUGGCGUUGGCCUCCAUGGGCCAUGAGCGUCCUCACUUCGCACAUGAUCCCCACGGAUCCGGAUCCUGCGCCGGGUUUGAGCGCUGCCGCGGCGAGCGGCGCGAGCGGCUCGGCGCCGCAGCUGCUGAAGGCGGGGGCGCAGGGCGCCUGCGUGGCGGCGAUCGACAUGGACUGCUUCUACGCCCAGUGCGAGGAGAUCCGCCAGCCAGAGCUCAAGGGCAAACCUCUUGGGGUGCAGCAGAAGAUGCUGGUGAUCACCUCCAACUACGCGGCCCGGGCCUUUGGCAUCAAGAAGGGGGACUCCCUGCAGCUGGUGCGGCAGAAGUGCCCGGAGAUCGCCAUCUGCAACGGGGAGGACCUCACCUUCUACUCGGAGAUCUCCCAGCGGGUCUUCGAGGUGGCCUCUCGCUUCAGUCCCCGGGUGGAGCGCCUGGGCCUGGACGAGGUCUUCGUGGAUCUGGGGGACCAGGUGACGGAGCGCUUGAAGGGCGGCGCGGCGUCCGCGGCGCAGUCUUUCCGCGGCGCGCUGUACCCCAGCGAGGGCGCCGACGUGGCGGCGCCGGACGCCGCGGCUUCCGCCGAUUGGGCGGCGCUGGACGAUGAGCGCCGCUGUGCGGUCCGCCUGGCGCACGCCUCGGAGCUCUGCCUGGAGAUCCGGAAGGCCAUUCUGGAGGAGGUGGGCCUCACGUCUUCCGCCGGGGUCAGCGUCAGUAAGAUGCUGGCCAAGAUGGUGGCCUCUUGGAGGAAGCCGGCCAUGCAGACUGUCUUCUUGCCCACCAAGGAGGCCUUGGCCGCGCUGCUGCCGGACGCGUUGGGGGUGCAGAAGAUCCCGGGCAUCGGCUUCGCCUCGACCCAGCGCUGCCACGAGCUGGGUGUGACCUGCCUCAAGGACUUGGCGGAGGCGGGGGAUGAGCGGCUGGCGAAGGAGUUCGAGGCGGCGCAGGUGCGGCACAUGAGGCAGCUGUGUUUGGGCCUGGACCUCUCUCCGGUGAGAAGCUCGGGGUGUCCCAAGAGCUGCUCCGCCGAGGACUCCUUUUGGCAGCGGCCUCUGCGCAGCUUUCAGGAGGUGCAGGCGUCGCUCGUCGCCUUGGCCGAGAAGCUGCUGGCGAAGCUGCGGACCAUCGAGCGAGGCUUCGGGCCGCACAGGGCGGCCUCCCUGGCGGUGAGCUGGCGUCAGGCGCCGGCAGACGAGGCCCCGGGCGGAGCCCGCGCGCGCCGGGAGCGGCGCCAGGCGCCGCUGGCGGAGAGCUGCGCGGGGCUGGAGGCAGGGCGCCUGGCGCAGUGCGGCCUGGGGCUGUUCCAGAAGACGGUCAAGGAACCGUUCGCGCUGAACAUUCUGAACCUCCAGCUGAACCUGGGGCAGACUUUGAAGGGCCAGCAGAGUCUCAGCUUCAAAGCCGCGGACCCCGCGCCAAACACCGUGCCGGCGCCAGACCCCGCGCCCGCGGCCCCGGUGCUCCUCUCGGACGAGGAGGCGCCGGCGCCAAAAGCUGCGGCAGCGGAUUUGGCGCAGCUGGUGGCCAUGGGAUUCUGCGCCGAAAGGGCGGCGGAGGCGCUACAGGCGGCCGGUGGGGUGGAGGGCGCUGUAGAGGCUCUGCUGAGUUCGGCGCCCGCUUCGGCGCCUGCGAAGCGGCAGCGGGUGGAGCUGGUCGACUUGGCUAGCAUUGUCUUCAACAUUGCCAUGGUGGGCCUCAGGACCACUGGUACUUCCAGGAUUGAGAUGCUGAUGGCCAGCAAAAGGAGCAGACUUCAGGAAGAGGCGCUCUUGGAGCGGAUGGUGACCAGACUGGCGGUGGACGGGGUGCGGAACUCCGGCAAGCCGUUCAGACGCUUCAAGAAGUGGCUGGAAGAACAGCCGCCGUUCGACAUUGUCAUCGACGGUGCCAAUGUGGGGUUCAACAACCAGAACCGCGAGGGCGGACUGUUUCAGUACAGCCAGAUCGAUGCCGUGAUCGACAAGCUCAGGGAAAACGGGAGCCGGGUGCUACUGGUACUGCACCCCAAGUGGCUGCGGGAAGAUGCAGAUCGGACCGUGACCAAGAGGAAGAAGAGAAAACUCGACCAGAUCAACUUGGAGGGCGCCAUGGGCUCUUCGGAGGAGACGGCCGAGGAGCAGGAAGGGGAGCCGGAGAUCCAGUACCCGUUUGACCCUAUCACAGAAGCGGAGCGCGACGCCCCAGUCGGCACGCCCCUCUCCUUCAUCCGAAGAUGGAAGGAGUCGGAGUGCCUCGUGCGAGUGCCGGCCAAAGACUGUGACGACUGGUACUGGCUCUUUGCGGCACUCUCCUCGGCCAGACGUGGGGCACGACAUGUGCAAGUCGUCAGCAACGACCACAUGCGGGACCAUCACUGGAGAAUGGUGGGAAACCGCGCCUUCCUGAAGUGGCAGGGCCGUCACAUGACGCGGGUCAGCAUCUGGUCCGAGACUGUGGACGGUGAGAACUGCAAGGUCACACUCACGCCCCCAGACUUGUACUCUUUGCAAGCCCAGGUCUCGGACAACGGGGAGGCCUGGCACUUCCCGGUGCCCGUGGUGCCCAGCCGCGCCCAGCAGCUCUCCUCCGGGCGCCCUCUGCCGCGGAAGGAGAUCGAGUCGGCAGAGUGCCACUGGUUAGUCGCCUGGCAGUGA